AGUUUCAGAAGCAAGAUGUUUAAGAGGGCCAGUUUCGAUUUUGGUCGGCUUGGGUUCGUCUUUGCUGCACCUCGGGGCUGGAGCUGCCCGUGGAGCUGCCCGGCCCUCCCCAGCCAGUGUUCCCACCCCAACCUUCCCCCACACCUUUUGCUGAGAACUGAAUUAAGACAGAGAUUUGCACCACCUGCACGAGUGGAUCGCAGCUCCAAGAGGAGGCAGGUGAAGCCUUUGGCAGCUUCUCUGCUAGAAGCUCUCGAUUAUGAUAGUUCAGAUGACAGUGAUUUUAAAGUUGGAGAUGCUUCAGAUUCUGAAGGGAGUGGUAAUGGAAGUGAAGAUCCUUCAAAGGACAGUGGAGAAGGUUCCUGUAGUGAUUCUGAAGAAAAUAUUUUAGAGGAAGAACUGAAUGAAGAUAUUAAAGUAAAAGAAGAACAACUUAAAAUUUCUGCAGAGGAAGAAAUACUGUCAUCAGAAAAACAGUUAAUUAAAGUGGAAAAGAAGGAGGAAGAAGAGAAUGGAGAGAGACCUAGAAAGAAAAAGGAAAAAGAGAAGGAGAAAGAAAAAGAUAAAGAGAAGGAGAGAGAGAAGGAUAAAGAAAAAGCAACAACAUCUGAUAACGUGGCUGCUUCUGCUGCUUCCACCACACCAGCCACAAGUCCUCCUGCUGCUAACACAUCUCCUUCAGUCCCCAUGACAACAACUACAGAGGAGCAAGUCAGUGAGCCAAAAAAGUGGAACCUUCGUCGCAACCGACCACUUUUGGAUUUUGUAUCCAUGGAAGAGCUGAAUGACAUGGAUGACUAUGAUAGUGAAGAUGACAAUGAUUGGCGACCCACUGUAGUAAAAAGAAAGGGAAGAUCUGCAUCUCAGAAGGAAGGAAGUGAUGGAGACAAUGAGGAUGAUGAAGAUGAGGGAAGUGGGAGUGAUGAGGAUGAGAAUGAUGAAGGCAAUGAUGAAGAUCAUAGCAGCCCUGCCAGUGAAGGGGGUUGCAAGAAGAAGAAGAGUAAAGUUCUUAGCAGAAACAGUGCUGAUGAUGAGGAACUGACCAAUGAUAGCCUGACACUAUCUCAGAGCAAGAGUAAUGAGGACUCGCUGAUUCUUGAGAAGAGUCAAAACUGGAGUUCUCAAAAAAUGGACCAUAUUCUGAUUUGCUGUGUUUGUCUUGGAGAUAAUAGUGAGGAUGCUGAUGAAAUAAUUCAGUGUGACAAUUGUGGCAUUACAGUCCAUGAAGGUUGUUAUGGAGUUGAUGGAGAGAGUGACUCUAUUAUGAGUUCAGCUUCUGAAAACUCCACUGAACCUUGGUUUUGCGAUGCCUGUAAAUGUGGUGUUUCCCCUAGCUGUGAACUAUGUCCCAAUCAGGAUGGAAUUUUCAAGGAGACAGAUGCUGGAAGAUGGGUUCAUAUUGUCUGUGCCCUGUAUGUUCCUGGUGUAGCCUUUGGAGAUAUUGACAAAUUGCGACCAGUAACGCUAACAGAAAUGAACUAUUCCAAAUAUGGUGCCAAGGAGUGUAGCUUCUGUGAAGACCCUCGUUUUGCUAGAACUGGAGUUUGCAUUAGCUGUGAUGCAGGGAUGUGCAGAGCCUAUUUCCAUGUGACCUGCGCUCAGAAGGAAGGUCUGCUUUCAGAGGCAGCAGCAGAGGAGGAUAUAGCAGAUCCAUUUUUUGCUUAUUGUAAGCAACAUGCAGAUAGGUUAGACAGAAAGUGGAAGAGAAAAAACUACUUGGCUCUACAAUCCUAUUGUAAAAUGUCUUUACAAGAGAGAGAGAAGCAACUAUCACCAGAAGCACAGGCAAGGAUCAAUGCCCGGCUUCAGCAAUAUCGUGCCAAAGCAGAACUAGCUCGAUCCACCAGACCCCAGGCCUGGGUUCCAAGGGAAAAAUUGCCCAGACCACUCACUAGCAGUGCUUCGGCCAUUCGUAAACUUAUGCGGAAAGCAGAACUGAUGGGGAUCAGUACAGAUAUCUUCCCAGUGGACAAUUCAGAUACUAGUUCUAGUGUGGAUGGAAGGAGAAAACAUAAGCAACCUGCUCUCACUGCUGAUUUUGUGAAUUAUUAUUUUGAGAGAAAUAUGCGCAUGAUUCAAAUUCAAGAAAAUAUGGCUGAACAAAAGAAUAUAAAGGAUAAAUUAGAGAAUGAACAAGAAAAGCUUCAUGUGGAAUAUAAUAAGCUGUGUGAAUCUUUAGAAGAACUACAAAACCUGAAUGGAAAACUUCGAAGUGAAGGACAAGGAAUAUGGGCCUUACUAGGCAGAAUCACAGGGCAGAAGUUGAACAUACCGGCAAUUUUGCGAGCACCCAAGGAGAGAAAACCAAGUAAAAAAGAAGGAGGCACACAAAAGACAUCUACUCUUCCUGCAGUACUUUAUAGUUGUGGAAUUUGUAAGAAGAACCAUGAUCAGCAUCUUCUUUUAUUGUGUGAUACCUGUAAACUCCAUUACCAUCUUGGAUGUCUGGACCCUCCUCUUACAAGGAUGCCAAGAAAGACCAAAAACAGUUAUUGGCAGUGUUCAGAAUGUGACCAGGCAGGGAGCAGUGACAUGGAAGCAGACAUGGCCAUGGAAACCUUACCAGAUGGGACCAAACGAUCAAGGAGGCAGAUUAAGGAACCAGUGAAAUUUGUUCCACAGGAUAUGCCUCCAGAACCCAAGAAGAUUCCAAUAAGAAACACGAGAACCAGAGGACGAAAACGAAGCUUCAUUCCUGAGGAAGAAAAACAUGAGGAGAGAGUUCCUAGAGAGAGGAGACAAAGGCAGUCUGUGUUACAAAAGAAGCCCAAGGCUGAGGAUUUACGAACUGAAUGUGCAACUUGCAAGGGAACUGGAGACAAUGAAAACCUUGUCAGCAGGAUGAGAUUGUCUGAAACGAAGAAUAGGUGUGAUGAAUGUAGACUGUGCUACCAUUUUGGUUGUUUGGAUCCUCCUUUGAAAAAGUCUCCUAAACAAACAGGCUAUGGAUGGAUAUGUCAGGAGUGUGAUUCUUCAUCUUCUAAGGUUCACAGCAAAAUUGAGUGGACCAUACAGAGAGUUUCCAUGUAUCACCUGUUCCCACAGAUGCACAGCCAACCUCCCCCACUUGUGACAUCCCGCACCUCAGUGUUACAUUUGUUACCAUUGAGGAACCUGCACUAUAUAUGUGCCACAUCUUCUUUAUCCCUUCAUCCAUUGAUAGACAUUUAGGUUGCUUUUGUUUCAGAAGUUUUUAAUUUUAAUGAAGUUCAACUUAAUUUUUUUUCUCUCAUGGGUGGUUCUUUUGUUGUAUCUAAAAAGUCAUGGUCAAAUCCAUGGUCAGCUAGAUCUUCUCUUGUUUCUUCUAGGAACUUUAUAGUUUUGCAUUUUACAUUUAGGUUUCUGAACCAUUUUGAGUUAAUUUUUGUGAAAAGUAUAAGAUCAGUAUGUAGACUCUUUUUUUUUUUUUUCUUUUUUUCACAUGGAUGUCCAAGUGUACUAAUGCCAAUUUUUCUUUUUUUUUCUUAACAUCUUUAUUGGAGUAUAAUUGCUUUACAGUGGUGUGUUAGUUUCUGCUGUAUAACAAAGUGAAUCAGCUAUACAUAUACAUACAAUUUUUAAUAUUCAAAAGUCAAUUACUUUUUUAUAUCCAGCAAUGAUCAAUUGGAAUUUGAAAUUAAAAACACAAUACCAAUUUCCUUAGCACCAAAAAAAAAAAAUCAUAUACUUAUACUUUAUAUAAAUCUAACAAAAUAUGUACAAGAUCCAUAUGAGGAAAACUACAAAGAAAUAAAUCAAUAUCAAAUGGGGAAAGAAAUCAAAAUCAAAUGGAGAAAUAUUCCAUGUACAUAGAUAGAAAGACUUUACUUGAUUCUCUCAAGAUGACAGUUCUUCCCAACUUCAACGAUAGAUUCAGUGCAAACCCAGUCUGAUUCCUAGCAAGUUAUUUUGUUGAUAUUGACAAACAGAUCUAAAGUUUAUAUGGAAAGAUGUAAGUCCUUGAAUAGCUAAGACAGUAUUGAAGGAGAAGAACAAAGUUGGAGGACUGAAACUGUCUGAUUUCAAGACUUACUAUAAAGCUACAGUAACCAAGGCAGUGUGGUAUAGGCAAAAGAACAGACAUAGACCAGUGGAACAGAAUAGACAGCCCAGAAACAGACCCAUGUAUAUGUAAUAACCCAAUCUUUGGCAAAGGAGUAAAGGCAGUUCAAUGGAGAAAAUGUAGUCUUUUCAGCUAAUAUGUUUUUAAUGCAAAGCAAGUGGUUGAGAGGGUAGAUGGAGACCAUAUCAUAAAGGGUUAGAAAUAUUAUACCAUGAAUUUGUAACCACCGAAGUUCUGUUUGCCCUUUAGAGGAUGUUAGGGGUCAGGAGAGGAGACAUUAUUUAGACCAGUGAUUCACAAGCUUUUUCAGUCAGAGAUUUAUUUUAUAUAGUUUACUACAUAUAACCUAAAGAUUUUACAGAAUAAAAAGCAUGCUGAUAAUUUUUGUUCUUUUGUUUUUACAUUAAAAAAUGCUGAUCAGUCUCCACUAAAUUGAUUUUACUACCACUUGUAGCAUUAAAUAAUUUGAAAAAUAUUAUCUGGUCAAAGUGCUUUAUUUUAUAGUUAAGAGAAGUAAGACUCACAGAAGUAACCUCUUGUUAAUCUCAGGUUUACACAGCUAGUUAAUGGCAGAGCAAUGACUAGUUUAGUGUCAGUGCUCUUUUUACAGUCAUUUAUUAAUCUAUCACUGAGCACUUCAGAAAUUACUUUAUAUUGUCACUAAAUCUGUUCAGUAAUUAAAAACAAGUUUAGUGCUAAAAUAUAGAUGUCUAAAAUCAUUUUGCAAAUCAUGAGUAAACUCAAACUAUGGAAGGGUACACAGUGAUUGAUUAGGUAGAGCAACACAUAGUCCUCUGAUUAAACUUUGUCAAAGACUGAACGCAUUCUUGUGUUAUAUGCGUGUUAUAUGAGUACUUGCACAUAAACGUGCUGGUUUGUCUGUUGUCACUGGAAUCCACCUCUGUCUUCACUUGACAUACUCUUCUAAAUCUCUGAACUUGAUUUUAUUCCUUCCCUCAUCAGUGUCCCUCAUUACUACUUCUGGUACAAACAGUUUCCUGAAAAAUUUGUCUCUUAGAUGUACUUGGUGUCCCUGUACUCUUAGUCACAUAGUCUCCUUUAAGAAUAGACUUGGAAUCAAAUUGUCCAGGUAACUGUAAAUUUGGGCAAGUGACUUAAUGUCUCUGUACCUCAUUUGCUCACUUUAAAAUGGAGACAGCAAUAAAUAAUACCUACUCGUUAGGGCUUUUUUUUUUUUUUUUGGCUCUUUUAUCAGUGGUUUAGAGUCUAGUAACAAUGACAAUGAACCUGACUAAUACCUAAUUCACUUUUCUAUUUAGUUGCACAGGAAAAAGAAAUGAAAUAGUUUUCACUAAGAUAAAGAUGAAAUACACAUUUAUGUCUAGUAUUUCUGAAACACUGAGAAUAGCACAUCCAUUGUGUUGUGUUUUUUUUUUCUUUAUCUGAGGACCAUUUAAAAUUAUUUUAAUAGAAUGUUGGCUUUAUAUUUCUUCAGUAUUCUAUAAAAUUUAAUUUUAAUCAAGUAUUAAUUUUUUGUACAUUUUUCACAGUAUAGAAACAUCUUUUUUUCCUUUGAAACUCCAACUUUGUUAAGGAGCAACAAUUUCCUGCAUUGGUAAUGUUAAGUGUAACUUUAGCUUUCAGUUCAUUGCUGCAGUUACGUUUCCAGAGCCUGCUGUAAGAGAUAAACCCAUUGCAAAUGAAGACAGUAUUCAUUUCCUUCCACCUCAGGCCACACUGAAUUGAUUGAGGUAAUAAAAUGACAGCACCUUGUAAUAUACUGAAGGCUCUUUAAUUCAAAAACCAGUUCUAGCCUGAUUCAGAGCUUGUUUAAAGCUAAUUUAUAGCUUGCAUAAUUUUCAGCAGGCCAAGGUAAAGGAUGAUAUAUGAAAACUGAUAAAGAAUUAACUUAUGACACAUUCAGACCUGUCUUGUUAAAGUCAAUGGGUAUUAAAAAAACAGAGGUGGGGGCAUGGUGGAAAAAAUAAUUGGUAAUCUUUUGCUUCACAUAAGUAACAUUGUUGACAACAGUUUAAAUUGCCCACCGUUUUAUUUCAAACCUAGCUUCUUGUCCUUUCUUUGUAAAAUCAGUUCUAUUUGCAUUUCUUAUAUUGUAAAGUCCUUCAUUUUUCAUGACAUAUUAAGGUCAGUGUGAGGCUGAGUACAGUUAGCAGCUGUUGUGACUUCCAUAGCGUCAAAUAUAUUGUAUGCCGCAGUGGCAAUGCUGCUGCUAAAUAGUCCUCUAUCGGCAUUUUAAUUACAAAUAAUCUUUUUCAAGGUGCAAGCUGGAAGGAGUGAGGGCUCUUCAUUUUUAUUUGGGCUGAAAAUUCAGGAUUAGUCCUUUUGCCUUUGUGGGCUGUUUUUGCUCUCUUUAUUCCAGCAUAUUUCUUCACUUUUGACCCACAAAUAAUACAACUACGAUAGUAAAGUAUUCUGUACUAUGUAUGAAGCCAGAUUCUCAGAAAUUUCAUGUCAGCAUUCACAAGUGAAACACGGAUUACAUUUUCCUUUUUAAUGUUUAAAUCUUUUGCAUAGUUAUUUUUUCCUUAAAGAACAAGACAACAGUGGAGGAUGGGCAUAGCUUUUGCCAUAUUCCAUUAUUAUAGGAUCCUAGAAAGUGUUGAAAACUUUCAGAAGUGCGUUUACCACUAGUAACCAUGUGAAUCACACUGUAUAUUGCAAAUAUUUUAUAUAUCAAAGCUAAAAAAGUCAAUGAAUAGAUAUAUAAAUGUAAGGUUAGAUAUAUGAGACUGAGAAAUUUUUUGUUUCUUCAGUGUAACUUGUCUAGAUAUUUAGGUAUUAAGAUGAAAAGAUUUUGUUUAGUCUAAUUAUGAUGUCUAUGGUAAGUGGUCAUAAUUUUAAUUACUUUUUUGAAAAUUAUAAGCAUACGUGCUUAUUAUAGAAUAAUAUAUAAAGAUGAAAAUAAAAAUCACUCAGGGAAUAACCACUACUAAUAUUUUGUUAUUUUUACAACUUGAAGAUUUCUAUUUUUUAGGUACAAGCUCCAUUUCCAUUUGGUUCACUGUCAUUAAAACGUUAACUCCUUGACUUGAGCCAUAAAAUAUAAAAACUUUCUUUUCAAAAAUUGUACUCCUUUUUAAGUGAAUUUGGAGCCCAUAUAACAAGUGAUUUUGGAGCCCUAGUAAUCCAAACAGAAAAAUACGGUUGUAGUAUUUUUCCUGCUUUUAUAGCUUGGGGAGAAUGUUGUUUUUAGAACAAAUAUUUUAUUUUUCCCACAUAUGAGUUUGAAAAAUCUAAUGAAGCCAAAGGCUUGAAGAUAUUCUUAUUACAAAAAAUUCAGGGAGCAGGAAUAUCUGUGAGAAAGUAUUAUUGUUGCUUUUAUAUUCAAAAUAUUUAUAUAUAAGAAAAAUUUUGUUUUACAGCAGAAAGUUUUUUUAGAUAGGUUCUUUUAGCCUCACUGGAAUUAACAAUAGAAAGCCAUUAGUUUUGAGUUAAUUUAAAGCAAAUUUUGUCCCUGGCAAAGAAUUGAUUUAUUUCAUUUAUUUGUUUAUACAUCUUUAUUGGAGUAUAAUUGCUUCAUAAUGCUGUGUUAGUUUCUGUUGUACAACAAACUGAAUCAGCCAUAUGCAUACAUAUAUCCCCAUAUCCCCUACCUCUUGAGCCUCCCUCCCACCCUCCCUAUCCCACCCCUCUAGGUUGUUGCAAAGCACCAAGCUGAUCUCACUGUGCUAUGUGUCUGCUUCCCACUAGCUAUCUAUUUUACAUUUCGUAGUGUAUAUCUAUCGAUGCUACUCUCACUUUGCCCCAGCUUCCCCUUCCCCAUACCCCUGUGUCCUCAACUCCUUUCUUUAUGUCUGUGUCUUUAUUCCUGCCCUGCCACUGCGUUCAUCAGUACCAUUUAUUUUAGAUUCCAUAUGUAUCCUUUAGCAUAUGGUAUUUGUUUUUCUCUUUCUGACUUACUUCACUCUGUAUGACAGACUCUAGGUCCAUCCACCUCACUACAAAUAAUUCAAUUUCAUAUUUUUAUGGCUGAGUAAUAUUCCAUUGUAUAUAUGUGCCACAUCUUCUUAAUCCAUUCAUCUUUUGAUGCACAAUUAGGUUGCUUCCCCAUCCUGGCUAUUGUACAUAGUGCUGCAGUGAAUAUUGUGGUACAUGUCUCUUUUUGAAUUAUGGUUUUCUCAGGGUAUAUGCCCAGUAGUGGGAUUGCUGGGUCAUGUGGUAGUUCUAUUUUUAGUUUUUUAAGAAAUCUCCAUACUGUUUUCCAUAGUGGCUGUAUCAAUUUACAUUCCCACCAACAGUGCAGGAGGAUUGCCUUUUCACCACACCCUUUCCAGCAUUUAUUGUUUCUAGAUUUUUUGAUAAUGGACAUUCUGACUGCUCUGAAGUGAUACCUCAUUGUACUUGAUUGCAUUUCUCUGAUAAUUAAUGAUGUUGAGCAUCUUUUCAUGUGCCUCUUGGCCAUCUGUGUGUCUUCCUUGGUGAAAUGUCUGUUUAGGUCUUCCACCCAUUUUUUAAUUAGGUUGUUUGUUUUUUGAUAUUGAGCUCCAUGAGCUGUUUGCAUAUUUUGGAGAUUAAUCCUUUGUCAGUUGUUUCAUUUGCAAAUAUUUACUCCCAUUCUGAGGGUUGUCUUUUUGUCUUGUUUAUGGUUUCCUUUGCUGUGCAAAAGAUUUUAAGUUUCAUUAGGUCCCAUUUGUUUAUUUUUGUUUUUAUUUUCGUUACUCUAGGAGGUGGAUCAAAAAAGAUCUUGCUGUGGUUUAUGUCAAAGAGUGUUUUUCCUAUGUUUUCCUCUAAAAGUUUUAUAGUGUCUGGGCUUACAUUUAGGUCUUUAAUCCAUUUGGAGUUUAUUUUUGCGUAUGGUGUCAGAUAGUGUUCUAAUUUCAUUCUUUACAUGUAACUGUCUAGCUUCCCAGCACCACUUAUUGAAGAGGCUGUCUUUUCCAUUGUAUGUUCUUGCCUCCUUUGUCAUAAAUUAUGUGACCAUAUGUGCAUGGGUUUAUCUCUGGGCUUUCUAUCCUGUUCCAUUGAUCUAUAUUUCUGUUUUUGUGCUAGGGCCAUACUGUCUGGAUUACUGUAGCUUUGUAGUAUAGUUUGAAGUCAGGGAGCCUGAUUCCUCUAGCUCCAUUUUUCUUUCCCAAGAUUGCUUUGGCUAUUCAGGGUCUUUUGUGUUUCCAUACAAAUUGUAAGCUUUUUUCUGAUUCUGUGAAGAAUGCCAUUGGUAAUUUGAUAGGGAUUGCAUGGAAUCCGUAGAUUGCUUUGGGUAGUAUAGUCAUUUUCACAAUAUUGAUUCUUCCAAUCCAAGAACAUGGUAUACUCUCCAUCUGUUUUUGUCAUCUUUGAUUUCCUUUAUCAGUGUUUUAUAGUUUUCUGGGUACAGGUCUUUCACCUCCUUAGUUAGGUUUAUUCCUAGGUAUUUCAUUCUUUUUGUUGCAGUGGUAAAUGGGAUUGUUUAAUUUCUCUUUCUGAUUUUUCGUUGUUAGUAUAUAGGAAUGCCAGAGAUUUCUGUGCAUUAAUUUCGUAUCCUGCAACCUUACCAAAUUCGUUCAUUAGUUCUAGUAGUUUUCUGGUGGCAUCUUUAGGAUUUUCUAUGUGUAGUAUUAUAUCAUCUGCAGACAGUCACAGUUUUACUUCUUUUCCAAUUUGUAUUCCUUUUAUUUCUUUUUUUUCUCUGUUUGCCGUGGCUAGGACUUCCAAAACUAUGUUGGAUAAGAGUGGCAAGAGUGGACAUCCUUGUCUUGUUCCUGAUCUUAGUGGAAAUGUUUUUCACCAUUGAGUGUGAUGUUUGCUGCAGGUUUGUCAUAUAUGGCCUUUAUUAUGUUGAGGUAGGUUCCCUCUGUGCCCAUUUUCUGGAGAGUUUUUAUCAUAAAUGGGUGUUGAAUUUUGUCAAAAACUUUUUCUGCAUCUAUUGAGAUGAUCAUAUGGUUUUUAUUCUGUAAUUUGUUAAUAUGGCGUAUCACAUUGAUUGAUUUGCAUAUAUUGAAGAAUCCUUGCAUUCCUGGGAUAAAUCCCACUUGAUCAUGGUGUAUGAUCCUUUUAAUAUGUUGUUGGAUUUUGUUAGCUAGUAUUUUAUUCAGGAUUUUUGCAUCUAUGUUCAUCAGUGAUAUUGGUCUAUAAUUUUCUUUUUUUGUGAUAUAUUUUUCUGGUUUUGGCAUCAGGGUGAUGGUGGCUUCAUAGAACAAAUUUGGAGUGUUCAUCCCUCUGCAAUUUUUGGAAGAGUUUGAGAAGGAUCAGUGUUAGCUUUUCUCUAAAUGUUUGAUAGAAUUCACCUGUGAAGCCAUCUAGUCCUGGACUUCUGUUUGUUGGAAGAUUUUUAAUUACAGUUUCAUUUUCGUUACUUGUGAUAGGUCUGUUUAUAUUUUCUAAUUCUCCCUGGUUCAGUCUUGGAAAAUUGUACCUUUCCAAGAAUUUGUCCAUUUCUUCGUGCUUGUCCAUUUUAUUGGCAUAUAGUUGUUUGUAGUCGUCUCUUAUAAUCCUUUGUAUUUCUGUGGUGUCAGUUGUGAUUUCUACUUUUUCAUUUCUAAUUUUAUUGAUUUGCGUCCUCUCCCUUUUUUUCUUGAUGAGACUGGCUGAGGGUUUAUCAAUUUUGUUUAUCUUCUCAAAGAACCAACUUUUAGUUUUAUUGAUCUUUGCUAUUGUUUUCUUCAUUUCUGUUUCAUUUAUUUCUGCUCUGAUAUUUAUGAUUUCUUUCCUUGUACUGACUUUGGGUUUUCUUUGUUCUUCUUUUUCUAGUUGCUUUAGGUGUAAGGUUAGAUUGUUUAUUUCAUAUUUUUCUUGUUUCUUGGGGUGAGUUUGAAUUGCUAUAAACUUCCCUCUUUGAACUGCUUUUGCUCUGUCCCAUAGGUUUUGGGUCAUCAUAUUUUCGUUGUCAUUCAUUUCUAAGUAUUUUUUAGUUUUGAGUAAUUUAAAGCAAAAUUUGUCCCUAGCAAAGAAUUCAUUUGUUUUAAAUUAACAGAUUUAUUAAUGAGUCAUACUAAAAGAAAAUGUUUAAGUAAUUUGUGUUAUUACUGUUAUUAAAAAUUGAGCAUUUACCCAUA